UAGCGAUGCCUGGUUUAAUGGAGCCGAUACACCUCAAGUUGGAGACUGGGAGUGCCUUGGCUGCGAUCCUUUAGUCCAGCACAAAGUGACUGAACUGAGAAUGGAUGGCUAGGGUAAGUCGAGCAAAGGAAAGGACGCCUCGACUGUGCAGGGGACGUCCGGAAUCGACCUCAGCUAGGUCGCUUGAUGUGAGCAGCAAACAGCCGGGCUGAAGCUUUGGUUUCAGGCUGGAAUCGAGCAGGGAGACGUCUGAAAUGGGUGCUGAUCAGAGAAGUCUAGAGUGAAUGCACGGACGUCUGAGCUAGGAUCAAACAGGGGACGCUAGGAUAAGACUCAGCGAAAGGUGCUGGACAGGGCUAGGCCAAGUUGUUUGGACUGUCAGCUGGCAUCUGCUGAGACGAAGCGGCUGGAGGAAGAGGAUGAGGGCGACGGGCGGGGUCCCACCCCUGAAUCUCACGACAGCAACAUCCGGCAGUGCAGGCUACGCUUCCACUUGCCGGGGACCCACCACCUCCAUUGUCCUCCCAAUACCUACCGGGAACCGCGUGCCGGAGCUUCUUCCCUCGUAGCAACUCCCUUCUUCCUCUUCUGGCGUCACAGAGAGGGAUAGAGAGAUGGAUGGUCUGAUCAAGGAGGACAAAUGGGGUUACCCUGUGAGGACAAGCUCAGAUGCUUGCAUCUCAGCCAUCAAUUCCUACUACGAACAGGUGUUGUCAUAUGGAAGGAACUGCAAAGUGAUAAUGGAAGCAGUGGCCGAGGACGAAGACUGCGUGCUGGCUAACGUCUUGGCCGCCGUCUACCGCAAGCACAAGCCUCAGCAGUCCACCGCUCACCUCGCUGCUGCCAAGGCCAACCUUGAUCGAGCUACUUCGUAUGAGAAAUCGGUUUACGACGCUGUCUCCUGCUCCAUGGCCGAUGCCGCUGACGAUGAUGCCAUUCUCUCCUCCCAAUUAGAGUUAAUAAAUAAGUACCCAAGGAAUCUGGCAUCCUUGAAGAGGGCCCAAGUUAUAUGCUUCUACUUGGCACGACCUGAUUUUUCCUUAUACCUAGUUGAACAGGUCUUGUCAGAAAAUAAACAACAGCCCUACAUAUAUGGCAUGCUUUCUUUCCCUUUACUGGAGCUUGGUAGGAUGGCAGAUGCUGAGGCUGCUGCAAGAGAAGGUUUAAGCAUCAAUAAAGAUGACCAAUGGUCCCAACAUGCUUUAUGCCAUGUCCUUCAGUAUGAAUGCCGCUUCAAGGAGGCUGUUGAAUUUAUGGAGUCUUCUUCUGCAUCAUGGAAUAUUUGCUGUUCAUUUAUGAUUACUCAUAAUUGGUGGCAUGUUGCUCUUUGCUACCUGGAUGGCCACUUGCUCCAUAAAGCAUUUCAGGUGUAUGAUCAGCAUAUCUGGCAGGAAUUAGACAAAGAUGAUGCUGAUAAGGCAGAGGUUUGUCUAAAUGCCCUGGGAUUUAUGCUACGUGUCGAUGUGCGUGGAUGCAUUGAUGAUGAUGAUUUUCGUCUUAGAACAUUAGCAGCUUGUGUUUCAGACCAGUCCACUUGGUGUUGGGAUUGGAUGCUUGAUAUAUUGGCAAUUUGGGCCUUUUCUCGUACUGGGGAAUUCUCAAAAGCGAAGGAUUUGCUCAAUGCCGUCAGAUCUAGGUUUCAUUCACUGACUGAAAAGAAACAGCAAUCUAUGGAGAAAGCAGUUCUGCUUGCAGAAGCAUUGUAUGAAUAUGGAAGGGGGGAUCAUUUUCGUGCUUUUGGCAUUAUUGGACCAAAAUUUACGGCAGUUGAUUAUAAGGUAAUUGGAGCAUCUGAUGAGCAACUGGAAGUCUUUACUGAAGUAUGGUAUAGUAUCUUGUUGGGUACUGGAUAUGUUUCUGAAGCAAUCAGUGAACUGGAGAAGCGUGUCCAGGUUCAACAAGGAGUCCCUUUUCUAUGGCGCUUACUGGAGAAGGCAUAUCUGCUGGCUGGUUCAGCACAUGAAGAGAUGGCAAGGCAGAAAGCACAGUCGUUAGAAGCAACAUAUUUUGAGCCGAAUGUUCACGAGCCAUAUGGGGUGGCGUCAAAGAUUUGAAGGAGUCAGAGAUAAGUGCAUGUAUCAUAUCAAGAAUGACAAAUCUUCAAUAGAUAGGCAUUUUGCUGCAGAUUUGGCAUUUGUUAUGUGCAAUGCCGAUGGGAACUAUUGUCUUUGAAGAAGCUCUCCAUGCAAACUGUUCACUGAACCUUUUCAUGCAUUGUGCAUUUGUUCAUUUGCUGCGAGAUGAGCGACCUGUUAUCGGUUCACAAAGUGAUACGUGCACGACAGUUGUUUGGUCAGGCGAACAGUACCUUCUGUGAGCUGAAUUCUGUUGAUAUAUCGAUACAUGACAGUGUGUAAUCUUUGCACAUAUCAGUUAUCGAGUGCUCAAAUCGUUCUUACUAUGUCUGUAGUACAAAGUUACUUUAAAAUGGAUUUUAUCUUGGCAAUAAAAUCUUUUGUUGUAAAGAUCC